UGUCCGCGUGGAUGUCUGCUGCGAUCGUCUGCACGAUUUGUUUGAUCUCCUCCAACCCUCCACAAGAGCCCAAGUGGUUCCUGGCCACCGCACCAGCCCUGGCGAGGCGAUCCCCCUUAAACCGCCGCAUGGGGCGACUGUGCGGGUGUCGUUGACUCAUGUCGCAACGCCGUCCCCGAGUAUAUAAGCUGCUGCCCCUUCCCCCCUUUCUGAUCGAAAUAGACCGCAUCGGCCCUGGCCCACUAUAUCCCCCUUCCUGUCUCAGAUACCAUGAAGGCCCCAACCCCUUUCGCUGACGCUGUCAAGAACAACCCAAAUCUGUCCGAGGACCAGCUCCUGAACGCCAACAACUACCUGGCCCAGGGUGCUGCUCCCGCGACUGCUUUCACCACCCCGGUCGAGAUCCCCGAGAGCGCCGAUGUGGUUGUCAUCGGCGCCGGUAUCGCCGGUCUGUUGUACGCCAUCGAGACCAAGUCUCUCAAGCCCGACUGCUCCAUUGUCAUGCUCGAGCGAGCAAAGUCGCCCAUCUACCGCAUCGGAGAGUCGACUCUCUCGCCCUUUGGUCGCUUCACUCGCUCGCGUGUCCUGCCUAUGGAGAUCAUGCUUCGCCUCUUUGCCGUCAAGGAAGGACUCGACUUUCUUUGCAUUGGCCGAGACAAGAUGACCCACGAGGAGAUGGACAUUGGCGGUCUUGAUGUCUCGUACCAGCUUGACCGUCGUGUCUCCGAGCUCAUGCUCACCAUGUGGGCCCAACACAUUGGUGUCAAGGUUUACUACGGCGCCCAGGUCGACUCCAGGACUUGCGACUUCACCAACGAGAACUACAAGAUGGUUGCGAUCAAGUCCCAUGGCGAAACCCUCACGACCUUUGCUCGUGCCCAGUCGCCCAUGCUCCAGAGCCCCAUCCCCCAAAGCCCCAUCCCUCAGAGCCCCAUCCUGAGCCGCGGCUUUCCCAGUCUCAGCCGUGCCUUCUCAUUCCGAGGCCGAUCUUCUGCUGCCAUGAGCCCCACUCCCUCCUCGCCCACGUCGCCCACGUCGCCCAGCACCUUUGACUUCCCCACCCCUGUCAGCAUGAAGCGCUCCUCCAGCUUCUUUUCGACCUUGUUCCGUGGCAUUGCCAGCCGUUCCAGCGGCGCCGUGACUCCUGCUGCCGAACAGCCCGAGCCCGCGCCUGUCAACGUCAAGACUGGCCAUUCGAUCAAGGCCCGAAUCGUUGCUGAUGCCUCUGGCGUCACUCGUGCCCUGGUUUCUCAGAAGAGCAAGGCCGUCCCCUUCCCCAACACCUUCAACUGCAAUGCCUACUGGGCCUAUUUCAAGGAGAAUACGGCCCACGAGCCCGAGCAGUUCGCCGAGUGGAACUACCCUGCCACCAAGCACAUCAUGUUUGACGAAGGCUGGAGUUGGUUCAUCCGCAUCAUCUGCUGGGAGAAGACCCCGCUUGCCAACAUGAUGGACAUUAUUGCCUGGCUGAUUGAUUUCCAUGUCCAGAAGAAGGACUAUGAUGACCUGCCCUCGCUCCGCGAGCUCGCAACCAUGUUCGAUGCCACCUACGACCGCAUUGUUUCCAUUGGAUGGGCCAUCCGCGAAGACGCCAUUCCCAUCUCCUAUCCCGCCAGCAGAAUCGCCCAUCUUGGCAAGACCGAGGCCGAACGCAUGUUCUGGGCCAUUGUCGAGGGCCAGCCUCUGGUCUCGAAGCUGUUCAAGGAGCACUACACCCUUCUCGAGAACGUCUACGACAACACCACCUUCUGGGUCAAGAAGCGUCUUGCCUACAUGCACUCUGGCCCGGUCGCCGGUCCUGGUUGGCUCGCCCUUGGCAAUGCCUCGGGCUUUACCAACCCGCUCAUCUCGCCUGGCAUCAACUGCAUCGCCCUUCCCCAGGCCAACCUUGGUGCCUUCCUGACCGUCCGAUAUCUCAACGGCGAAGACAGGAUGCUCGACUACCACGCCUUCAACCGCUUUGUCAAGGACGAGCAGGUUCCCAGCCUCUUCAAGGUCAACCUCUUCCUCUACAAUACCUUCCGCGACCACCGCCUCUUUGCUCUGCUGUGGCGUGCCUACAUUUGUGUUGGAACUGGCGGUGAUGAACCCUGGGUGGCUGAGAAGUAUCUCUUCCGUGAUCUCAAGUGGUUUAUCGGCUACGGUGUUGGUCGAUGUGGAGAGAUGAUCGACAGGUUGACUCCCUACAUCAACCUGCCUGUUUUCCAAGAUGUUGACGACGAGACAUACGAGAAGCUCAGCGAGAUCUGCGAGGAUUACAUUGCCGACGCCCUUAAGCGCUACCCCAACAACAAGUUUGGAUCUCAUAUUCGCUGGUACGAUGACAAGCUCCAAAAGGUCCCUGGAAAGACCCAGAGAGACAAGGCCGCCAACCUGUGGUGGGCUGUGCGCUGCGCCAACUGCCGCACCUAUGGCAUCUACCAGCUCAAGAACUGCGUCGAGUGCGGCCACCGCCACGCCUGGGCCGACAACGUCACCGAGGCCAGUGCCGCCGAGCGCUUCUACACCAAGAUGGACAUCAACAAGAUCGAGCACGCCGGUCUGGCCUAUGUCGAUCCCGCUAUUUCCUCUGCGGUAUAAGGGGACAGCCACUGUCGUCUUGGCACACCUGCCUCUCAAAACCCGAGCAGGCCGGACUCGAGCUGCAAAAUGUAACGAGUGUCGAUCGUGACGCAGCGAAGGAGAGACAAUAGGACUCUCUUGGAUCCUUCCU